AUGUUGACAGGAAGUAUGGCAUGCAUGAAGCUGGGAUCAAAAUCAGAUUCAUUCAAAAGACAAGGCCAGGAUUGGUUUCGCACAAGUGGACUUCCAACUGAUAUCAUCAUUGAAGUUGGAGAGGUGUCUUUCCAUCUCCACAAGUUUCCCUUGCUCUCAAGAAGUGGAGUCAUGGAAAGAAGGAUUGCAGAGGCGUCUAAAGAAGGUGAUGACAAAUGUCUCAUUCAGAUUUCUGAUUUUCCUGGCGGAGACAAAACUUUUGAGCUGGUCGCCAAGUUCUGCUAUGGUGUGAAGCUCGAACUCACUGCCUCCAACGUUGUAUGCCUCAGAUGCGCUGCUAAGCAUCUCGAAAUGACAGAGGAGUAUGGGGAAGGAAACCUAAUUUCCCAAACCGGAAAGUUUUUCAAUCAAGUCGUCUUCAAAAGCUGGAAAUAUUCAAUAAAAGCCCUUCAAUGCUGCGAUGAGGUCCUCAAGUACGCUGAUGAAUUCAACAUUACCAAGAAAUGCAUCGAAUCAUUAGCCAUGAGAGCAUUGGCAGAUCCAAACUCGUUCGUGGAGUAUGGUGGGCCCAUGCAGAGUCCAGGUGGCAGCGUUUUAUGGAACGGGAUAAGCACAGGGGCUAGACGUGAAGACACUAGUUCAGAUUGGUGGUACGAGGACGCAUCGAUGGUUAGUUUUGCUCUUUUUAAGAGACUUAUCACACUCAUGGAUUCCCGAGGAAUAAGAGAAGAAAUCGUCGCCGGUUCCCUAACCUAUUACACCAGAAAAUACUUGCCUGUCUUAAAACGACGACGUCACAGUGGUAGUUCUUCCAUCACACCUUUGAGCACGGGGAGUGUAUUGUCUGAAGAAGAGCAGAAACACUUGCUUGAAGAGAUUCAGGAGCUUGAUCUUCCCUGUAUGCAAAAAGGUUUACUUCCGACCAAGUUUUUCGUAGACAUGCUUAUAAUCGCCAAGAUUCUGAAAGCUAGUCCGAGUUGCAUAGAGAAUCUGGAGAAGCGGAUAGGGAGGCAGCUUGACCAGGCGACGUUGGAAGAUCUUGUAAUGCCUAGCUUUUCUCAUACUGUUGAGACUUUAUAUGACGUUGACUCUGUGCAAAGGAUCCUGGACCACUUUCUUAGUUGGGAUCAUACUAUGCCCGUAGGGGCUAGCUCCUCGUGUUCUUCAGUAGAUGACGGGAAUUUAAACGAAUCCUCACAGUCAAUGACAGCUGUUGCGAAGCUGAUAGAUGGGUAUCUUGCUGAAGUGGCUCCUGAUGCCAAUCUCAAGCUUCCAAAGUUCCAAGCUUUAGCCGCUUCGGUUCCUGAUUACGCCAGACUCUUAGAUGACGGGCUCUAUCGUGCAAUAGACAUUUACCUAAAGCAUCAUCCGUGGUUAGCGGAAAAAGAAAGAGAGGAUCUUUGUAGGUUGUUAGACUGCCAAAAGCUCUCUACGGAAGCUUGCACACACGCAGCACAGAACGAGAGGUUGCCUCUAAGAAUAAUAGUCCAAGUGCUCUUCAUUGAGCAGCUUCAGCUCAAGGCCUCUGUUGCUGAAUGCCUCCCGGUUUUAGGCAGCCUCGUUGGCCGGUCAAGAAAGUUAGGAAGCGACGGAUUUUCAGGAGAAUCAACCAAAGGAGGAUGGGAAACCGCAGUAAGAGAGAAUCAAGACCUGAAAGUUGGAAUGGACAAAAUGAGAAUGCGGGUUUGCGAGUUAGAGAAAGAAUGUUCAAAAAUGAGACAGGAGAUAGAGAAACUCGAUAAGACAACAAAGGGUGGUGGUGCUUUUGGAAGCGGCAGCAAAACGUGGGAAAACGUUUCUAAGAAACUCGGAUUCGGUAUGAAGCUGAAGUCACAUCAAAUGGACAGUGCUCAAAAAGUAUCCAGCUUAAAGUCUAACAACGAGAAUGUGAAGAUAGAGAAGCUUAAGGAUGUCAAAGAACGUCAAGAGAAGUAUUAG